CAUUGUUCAGCACUUGAAAUCGGUCAACACGAUUCACGGAAGUUGGGCAACAGCAGCCUUUUCUAAUAUCGCUAUGGAAGUAUCAUGAAUGUAGUAAUUCUGACUUUUUAUUUGCUGAUACCUUCAUAAGUUAGCUGUGAGUGCGAAACCGGGACUCUGCUCUCUGUUACUUCUCUUCUCUUGUCGACGUAAAACCUCUACACAAUCAGGAAGUCCGGGGAUUUCGGUUCAUGAAACACAAAACUUGAAUGGACAGUAGAUUCUCCACUUUUUAACGACAGAUAAUGAAGCGCCAAAUCAGUUAACGCUUACAGUAACUUAUUGACGUAGUUUAUUUAAUUGUUAGUAGCUUAUUAACUUAUUUCAGUCGUCAUUCGUCGCCCGGAAUACCUGGAUUUUCACUUUGCGGGUGAAAGGUGAUGGAUGUUCCUCAGCUCACUGAAGAUGAAAUGGCAGAGAUUAAAAAAGACGUGCUGACCAGACUGCGGCACUACCUCUGUGACAAGAUCAGAGCCGAGCGCCACCUCGACUACCUGCGCUCUCGCAGGAUCCUGACGCGAGACGAUGCGGAGGAAGUCAGCUGCAGGACCACACAGACCAAGAGGACAGCCAUGCUGUUGGAUAUCCUGGCCGAAAACCCCCGGGGCCUGGACGCCUUAAUUGACUCCAUCAGGGAGAUGCGCUCACAAAACUUUAUCAUCACCAAGAUCACAGACGAAGUACAAAAGGCCAAAAAUGAGAAGAUCGAGUCUCUCAGAGUAGGGGCUUCGAGUUCCUCAUCUGACAGCAACCUCAGCACUCCAACCACAACCAGUGACCUCCCCACAACGUUUUCAAACAACUCCACCUUGCUCUUCCACCCAGAUGGCGAACGAAGCCCGUCUACUUCAGACAUAGCGGCCUCACUCAAUCUGCCAUCGUUACAGCAAGGUGGAGACUUGCCCUCUGUGUCUGGUGCUAGCAUCGCCGUAGUUUCCUCCACAACCUCCUCCAGCCUCCCGAGGCCCGGAGACCCAGGAGCUCCUCCGCUGCCGGAUGAGGUGAUGGUCGAAUCACCCUCAAACAUAGAUGCCACAACGCCAGGGUGCACCAGCACCGGAGGGGACCCAAACUUCCAGCCCCUCCGGUCGCGCUCACUCACCCCGGCGUCACCAAGGAACAUCUUUUAACUUCACAUCUCAAUAGGAUAGUUCUCAUGCUGUUAAAACACAGACCUCAACUACUCAACAACUCAGCUCAUAUACAAACACUCUCACUAUGUCGUUUUGGUGUUACUCUUGCCUUUGAUCAGGCAUUUUGAAAUUUCUGCACAUAUACUGUAUACUAUACACGAUAUACUGCAUGUGAGCACUAUGCCAAUCAGCUUUUUGGAGAGAAAAUAGAGACAUUAUAUCCCCGGGGCUGGUUUAAUGUUUAAAGGUUUUUGAUACCUGUGCUAAUUUGUUACCUUAGUUUUCAUAUGAGGCCAAAUUAAUACCUUAGUUUUGAGAAUAUGUACUGUUUAGGCCUACAUGUUUUUAUUAGUCAAGUCAAAUGUCGAAUGUUUAAACAUACGUAAAUGUGCUAGAACUGUCUAAAUGAAAGGCAGUUUAAAGUGGCAAAAUCAUUAAUAAAAACAAGUAGAGUAUGAGUCUGUGCAUGCAUUUGAUGCAAGCUUUCAGUAUUUGAUAGUUAUUCUUUUGACACUUUCAGUACAGUAUCCAAAAUGUGCUGAGGUUCAGUUCCUAGCCCAGUAUGUCAUGAGCUAAGAAAAUGUGACUCAUCCUCUUUAACCUUUUCUCCUCCUCUUAUCAAAGGUGUGACUUCCUGAUUAAAAAAAAAGACAUGGCAGCUGUAGUGUAGGUGUAAUGAAAAACUAUGUUAUAUACACUGGAAUGGCUACUUGAGUAUAAAUGUGCAUAAAAUCUGAUCUUUAAAGACGCUGCCUUUGACCAGACCCCUGUAGCUUCAAAUGGUGCUUUCCGCUUCUUUCUAUGCUGCAUUAAGUCAAGAAGAGGUUGCUUUACAUUGUUAUCACUACAGAAGUCUUGAAUCACAAAAAAUAUUGUGAAAUACAAACAAUGUCUUGCUUUUUACUUGGUUUAUUACUCUUGUACAAUCUAUUGCAUACUAAAGAUUUUCUAUAUGAA